ACACCACCAUAAAUACAUAGAUACAGAAAUAGGAUCUAAGCAAUGUAACAUGGUUCAGAAAAUGUGACAGAACCCAAGAAAAGCGUUGAAUCCUGGAGAGCGUUUUAGACCGAAGCUCCAAAUCUGGCAUCAAAAGCGCGAAUUCUCUUAUGUAAUUGGCCGAGCGACCGAAGCAAAGCGAAAUAUUGAGUAAAAAAUGAUGCAGCAGCAGCAGCAGCUUCUGCUUACUGCUUCACCACCACCAGUACGCAAGUUCUUGAUACCUUCUUCACCAAUUCCACUAACUUCCUCCAACGUGUCCAUUCCUCUGCCUAAACUCUCUUUUUCUUCACGACCCUUUUGCAAUCCCAGCCUCCCACUGCGUUUUACCGCCACCCCAUCUCGCCUCAUCUGCAAAUUCGACAAUAACAACUCAGAUAUGGUAUCACAGUUGGAACUUGGGAAGCUCGAAGGGAGGCAGAAACCAGAGAAGCGUGUGAAUGGGAUAUUCUGGAUUCUACUUCUUAAUCUUGGAAUAUAUGUUGCUGAUCAUGUAUUUCAGGUGCGUGCAAUUAAAGCUUUGUAUUUGUAUCACAACUGGCCUGCUUGGUAUCAAUUUUUGACUGCAACAUUCUGCCAUUUUAAUUGGAAACAUCUUUCAAGUAACCUGUUCUUCUUGUAUAUUUUUGGUAAACUUGUUGAAGAGGAAGAAGGAAACUUUGGGUUAUGGCUUUCAUACAUCAUAACAGGUGCUGGAGCAAAUCUUGUUUCAUGGCUGGUUCUCCCAAGAAAUGCUGUCUCUGUUGGAGCAUCCGGUGCAGUUUUCGGACUCUUUGCAAUUAGUGUCCUUGUGAAGAUGUCUUUGGACUGGAGGAAGAUUCUUGAGGUACUUAUAUUGGGCCAAUUUGUAAUUGAAAAGGUGAUGGAAGCAGCACAAGCUUCAACAGGGUUAGCGGGUGGUUUUCGAGGAGGCUUUGCCUUACAGAAUGUCAAUCACAUAGCACAUCUCUCUGGUGCCCUAUUUGGUGUAGCUCUGAUAUGGCUUCUCAGCAGAUUUCCCUCACAACCAUCAAAUACGAGUACCUCAAACAUGCAGAGGAGAAAAGACUGACUGAUGUUAAACAAUCUAGCUUUUAGAAGUUUGAUUGAUGCCUUUGUGUGUCAAUCAAAAUUUCACCCUGUAUUUGUAAGUAGACUGAAACAGAAAUCAACACGAUUAAGGUUUAAGCAAUUACCUAGCAAUGUUCUGGGUUAAGCAUUUCUUCUCUAUUGCCAAUCUACUUGACAAGAACAUCAAGGGUGAAAAGAAAAAAAAGAAGAAGAAGAAGAAGAGUGCCAAUGAUGUUUCAGUCUGAAUUUGGGACUUACCGUCAAACGCUGGUUGCUGCGGCUGCAAGUAGUGGCACGUAUGGGACUGUUUUUGUUUUUUGAAAGUUAUUGCAUGCCUGUUGCCGUGUCAUAUGGUCUAAUAUUAACCUUUGCCAUCGACAACAUUUUGCUCCUCAUUUGCAUUAAUUGGUGGAACAUUAAAAUUGAUAUCUGAAUUGAAGCUUGUACUCAUGGCA